AUGUCUUUCAGCCCAGAAAUUCUCUUCAAAGCAGGGCAGGACAGUGCUGCUCUGCGCGUCUCUGCAGCAGUGCAAGCGCAGCAGGCCGGACCGGCGAUGUCUGCUUUGAGCGGCUGCGGCCUGGCCGACGUCGUGACGUCGCACCGCAUCGUCUGUCCUAGAUCCGGUGGCCUUCCCCUCCUUCUGCUUCCGGUGCUUGAGUUCUGGCAUGCCGAUGUGUACAGGGCGCAUCAUGCUGGGAAAUGCCUGGCCAGCUGGCAUGUGCUGGUGAUGCGUUUUAGCUUCACGAAGGCAGAACGCCGGCCGCACGACAGGCUUGGCUUCCCCGGCAUAGCUGAGCUACAGGCGACGAAAAGCCAAUGGCAGCUGACAAUGCGCGACGGCCUUGAACCGGAUAACAGCUUCAGGAAGCAGAGCCCGUUUGACGAUGCCAGCGAGCGUGCUUCGCAGAUCUUACCGCUUUCGCAUUCUUCCACUGCGCUUGCUCAGUCGGACCAGCGCUUCGAUGUGCUUCGCGGCCAGCCUGUGGCCGUGGGCGGACUGCGCGGCCUGGAGCCUGCAAUGCUGGCUAUCGGGGUUGGGAUCUCAAGUGGGCUGCCGCAGGAAGUUGAAGUCGAAGCAGAGGAGCGGUUGCGCACACUUCGUCCACGUUCCCUGGGGUUGGGUGGCCUGGCCUACAACAUGGAAGCGGGUUGCUCUGCAGCAGUGCAAGCGCAGCAGACCGGAGGAUGCGCCGACGGCAUCUCCUUGAGCGUGUCCUUGCCGCUCGCCCUGUUGAUGCUUUUCUUCCCUCCUCUUGCUGUCAGCCCAGCAGGGCAGGACAGUGCUGCUCUGCCCGUCUCUGCAGCAGUGCAAGCGCAGCAGGCCGGACCGGCGAUGUCUGCUUUGAGCGGCUGCGGCCUGGCCGACGUCGUGACGAGGACAUGCCGACGGCAUCUCCUUGAGACCGCAUCGUCUGUCCUAGAUCCGGUGGCCUUCCCCUCCUUCUGCUUCCGGUGCUUGAGUUCUGGCAUGCCGACGUACGGGGCGCAUCACGCCGGGAAAUCCCUGGCCAGCUGGCAUGUGCUGGUGAUGCGUUUUAGCUUCACGAAGGCAGAACGCCGGCCGCACGACAGGCUUGGCUUCCCCGGCAUGGCUGAGCUACAGGCAGCGAACAGCCAAGCACAGUCCUGGCUGGCAGGCAAGACGGGCCGAACAGUUGCAUGUCUUCGAGCCUAA